AUGCUUGAUGGCAACCCCCAGGUGAUCCUAGGGAAUUCCCAUUCCGCACCACUUCCAUCAUCGACUGUGGACUCUCCCUUCAGUUCCUCAAAAAAACUUCAGCCUUUCUGUGGUGAUGUCGAGGGUUGGGGACCAAUAAGCAAAUACAGAUUUGAUCUUACACCAUGUUUCCUGGAUUUUGGAGUAGCUCUGGUUGCAGCAUGGGGCUUGCUUAUGGGAGCAGGUGCCAUUUGGUUCCUAUUGAAGAAGCGUGCGCCUCAGCCUGUGUCGAAGAAUUGGCAUUUUUAUGCUAAACUGAUCGUGCUGGGCGCCCUGAUCUUCACGACUGCUCUACAAGCCGCAAUCCAAGCCGAGUCCGCUCCUCGUCUCUUUUUGGCUGAUUUUCGCUUCUGGAGUUCCAUUCUGGUGUUCGCGUCUCUUGGUGUGAUAUUUGCGGUACAAUAUUACGAGCACUGGCGCAGCAGACAGCCCAACGGAGUUGUCCUGUUCUACUGGCUUUUCUUUACCAUCGCUUACGGCGUCAAAUUGCGAUCGCUGGUCUCGCGAAAGGCGUAUGAGGAUCAACUCCCAUACUUUGUUUGCAUCAACGUCAGCCUCGGCUUGGCGCUGUUGGAAUUCGGACUCGAAUACCUGGUGCCAAAAAAGCAGAGUGCGUACGAUGCCUUGGGUGAUGAGGAUGAAUGUCCGUACGAGUACGCGGAUAUCUUUGCAGUCCUCACCUUCAGCUGGAUGACGCCGUUGAUGAAGUUCGGUUACAAGAACUAUCUUACUCAGGAUGAUCUGUGGAAUCUGCGGCAGCGCGACACCACUCGCGUCACAGGGGACAUGUUGGAGGACAAAUGGGCGGAAGAGCUGGAAAAGUCGAAGCCGUCUCUGUGGCUGGCGUUGAUGAAAUCGUUCGGUGGCCCAUACCUGCGCGGCGCAAUCAUCAAGUGCGGAAGCGACGUACUUGCCUUUGUUCAGCCGCAACUCUUGCGCCUCCUAAUCAGAUUCAUAAAGUCAUAUGAGACUGAUGAACCUCAACCCGUGAUCAGUGGUGUGGCCAUCGCGCUGGCGAUGUUUUUGGUCUCGGUAACACAGACCAUUUGUCUGCACCAAUACUUCCAAAGGGCGUUUGAUACCGGUAUGCGCGUCAAGUCAGCCUUGACUGCCAUGAUCUACACCAAGUCGCUAAGACUUUCGAGCGAAGGGCGUGCAUCCAAGACCACAGGUGAUAUUGUCAAUCAUAUGGCUGUCGACCAACAACGCUUGUCUGACCUGACCCAGUUCGGCAUGCAACUCUGGUCCGCUCCUUUCCAAAUCGUUCUUUGCAUGCUGUCGCUUUAUCAACUAGUCGGUGUAAGCAUGUUUGCAGGUAUCGGUGUGAUGAUUCUCAUGAUCCCGUUGAACGGUGUAAUUGCCCGAAUGAUGAAAAAGCUUCAGAUCAUACAGAUGAAGAACAAGGAUUCCAGAUCACGACUGAUGACUGAGAUCCUGAACAACAUCAAGAGCAUAAAGCUUUAUGCUUGGAAUACCGCAUUCAUGAACAAACUCAGCCACAUCAGAAACGACUUGGAGUUGAACACUCUUCGCAAGAUCGGAGCAACUCAGUCGAUUGCUAACUUCACCUGGCAGUCCACCCCGUUCCUAGUCUCGUGCUCUACAUUCAGUGUUUAUGUCUUGAUAAGUGAUCGUCCUUUGACUACAGACGUGGUGUUCCCGGCCUUGACUCUGUUCAACCUGCUCACGUUCCCGCUCUCAAUCCUGCCUAUGGUUAUCACGUCCAUCAUCGAAGCGUCCGUGGCUGUGAAGCGUCUGACAGACUACUUUACUGCGGAAGAACUACAAACGAAUGCGGUCACAUUCGAGGAGCCAGUGACUCAUGCUGGUGACGAGUCCGUCCGUAUACGCGAUGCGGCGUUUACCUGGAACAGAUACCAAGGCGACAAUGUUAUUGAGAACAUUGACUUUAGCGCUCGUAAAGGGGAGCUCAGUUGCAUUGUUGGUCGAGUCGGUGCUGGUAAAUCCUCUUUCCUUCUGUCGAUGCUGGGUGAUCUCUGGAAGACCGAAGGCGAGGUUGUUGUUCGAGGCCGUAUCGCUUAUGUCGCGCAACAACCAUGGGUGAUGAAUGCUAGCGUCCGUGAAAAUAUUGUUUUCGGACAUCGGUGGGAUCCUCAGUUUUACGAGCUCACAAUCGAGGCUUGCGCUCUGGUUGAUGACUUCCGCAAUUUGCCCGAUGGCGAUCAGACUGAGGUCGGUGAGAGGGGUAUCUCCCUCUCGGGUGGUCAAAAGGCUCGCUUGACACUUGCGCGGGCGGUAUACGCCCGUGCAGAUAUCUACUUGCUCGAUGAUGUGCUUUCAGCGGUCGAUCAGCACGUCGGUCGUCACCUCAUCAACAAGGUACUUGGUCGCAAUGGUCUUCUCAGCGGCAAGACCAGGAUCCUGGCCACCAACGCCAUUCCUGUGUUAAAAGAGGCCGACUUUAUUGCUCUCCUAAGAAAUAAGACUUUGAUUGAGAAGGGGACCUACGAACAGUUGAUGGCUAUGAAGGGCGAGGUGUCCAAUCUCGUACGCACAACCAUGAACGAAUCGGAGGACGAAGCUUCCAGCAGUGACGGCCAUGAUCUGGCUAGUCCUGAAGGCUCGGAAUCCACCACUGUCCUUGAGAAUGCAGAGUCAGAGCCAUCAGAUACGGAAGCUGAGCAGCAAAUAGGAUCACUUCUCCCCAUCAGGUCCGGCGCUGACACUACACGGCGGAGAUCGAGCACCGUCACGCUACGGCGUGCCAGUACGGCGAGUUGGCACGGUGUUCGGCGUAAGUUUGGGGACGAAGAGAACGUCCUCAAGAGUAAGCAGACGCAGGAAACUUCGCAGCAGGGUAAAGUCAAGUGGAGCGUUUACGGAGAAUAUGCCAAGAACAGCAAUGUUAUCGCCGUCUGCUUCUACCUGCUCGCGCUUCUGGGAGCGCAGACGGCGCAAGUUGCCGGUAGUUUCUGGCUAAAGAAGUGGACUGAAGCCAGCGAAGUGCAGGCUCACCCGAACGUCGCCAAGUUCAUUGGUGUUUACCUUGCUUGGGGUCUCGGGUCUUCCAUCUUGGUUAUCCUUCAAAAUUUGAUUCUCUGGAUUUUUUGCUCGAUUGAGGCUUCUCGCAAACUGCAUGAACGCAUGGCAUUCUCUAUUUUCCGCUCUCCUAUGAGCUUUUUCGAGACUACUCCGUCUGGCCGGAUCCUGAAUCGAUUCUCAAGUGAUGUGUAUCGGAUUGACGAGGUCCUUGCUCGUACUUUCAACAUGUUGUUCAAUAACUCGGCAAAGGCGAUUUUUACGAUGGUUGUGAUUGCUAUGUCGACUCCUGCCUUCGUUCUGAUGAUUUUCCCUCUAGGUUAUGUUUACCUGCGGUACCAGAAGUACUACCUGCGAACCUCACGUGAAUUGAAGCGGUUGGACAGCGUCACUAGGAGCCCGAUCUAUGCUCACUUUCAGGAGUCGCUCGGCGGCAUCUCCACCAUUCGCGGCUACCGACAGGAGAACCGGUUUGCUCUUGAAAACGAAUGGCGCAUGGAUGCGAAUCUUCGGGCUUAUUUUCCAUCCAUCAGUGCCAACAGAUGGUUGGCUGUUCGUCUGGAAUUCAUCGGUUCGGUUAUUAUUCUGGCUUCCGCGGUGCUUUCCAUCAUCUCGAUCGCCACUGGCAGUGGUAUAUCUGCAGGCAUGGUCGGUUUGGCCAUGUCUUAUGCUCUACAAAUCACUCAGUCCUUGAACUGGAUCGUUCGACAAACUGUCGAAGUCGAAACCAACAUUGUGUCAGUUGAGCGGGUUCUUGAGUACGCGAGCCUGCCCAGCGAGGCCCCGGAUGUUAUCUUCAAAAACCGCCCGGCUAUCGGAUGGCCCGCUCAAGGGGCGGUGACAUUCACGGACUACAGCACGCGGUACCGUCCUGGACUUGAUCUAGUGCUCAAGGAUAUCAACCUUGACAUUAAACCUCAUGAAAAAAUAGGCGUUGUUGGCCGUACAGGUGCAGGAAAGAGUUCGUUGACUCUGGCGCUCUUCCGGAUCAUCGAAGCCGCUGGUGGCAACAUCAGUAUCGAUGGCCUUGAUAUCUCUACUAUUGGGCUAUGUGACCUGCGGGGGCGUCUUGCCAUUAUUCCCCAGGAUCCUGCCAUGUUCGAGGGCACUCUUCGUGACAAUCUGGACCCCCGGCAUGUGCAUGAUGACACGGAGCUAUGGAGUGUCCUUGAACAUGCCAGACUCAGGGAGCAUGUCGCUCAAAUGGACGGUCAGCUGGACACACUGAUUCAAGAAGGAGGAUCUAAUCUUAGCCAGGGCCAGCGUCAGCUGGUAUCUGUGGCGCGGGCGUUGCUGACACCGAGCAAUAUCCUUGUGCUUGACGAAGCAACAGCGGCAGUCGACGUGGAGACGGAUGCACUGCUCCAACGCACCCUGCGUAGCAGCGUCUUCCAGGAACGCACAAUCAUCACGAUUGCGCACCGUAUCAAUACAAUUAUUGACUCUGAUCGAAUCGUGGUCUUGGACAAGGGGCGGGUCGCAGAGUUUGACACGCCCGCAAACCUGAUCAAGCGUGGCGGCAAAUUCUAUGAGCUGGUCAAGGAAGCCGGUUUGCUUGACAGCGAUGGAGCAGCGCUUGUGCAGUAA